CCAGCCGAUUAUAUUUAGAACAGAAAUGACAACACUGAUUCAAUGCCCGGGUCUAUUCGGAGCUCUCGCUAUCACGCUAUCACUCGAACAGCGCGUUCUGGCUAACACUUGUACAGCGCGACGAGCCUCGAACUUCCACUGUUGCCACAUUUUGAUGAGAUGGUUAAUACAAAGAACCAAACAGAAAAAUGUCUGCAUCGAGUCGUGCUGUACGAGGGAAUAAAUCGACCAAUACAAACAUACCGUGCUAUGCGAGAGAGCGCGUUUUUUGUAUUCCGCCCGUCUGGCAUACACUGCUGCCACAGCAGCAGCAGCAGUCAGUGGCAAAUGUAAAAUGACUGCGAGUUGUGAAGUUUGACCGGGUGCAAAGUGGAAACAUUUGACUAAAUAGUGCCGGAAAUGGAAAUGGAUCAAGCGCCCUCCGGUUCCAAGCAGCGGCGUGUCCUCACCAUAGCGGAGAAGCUUAACAUCCUGAAUCAGCUAUCCAGCGGACGUGGAUCAUCGGAACUCGCUCAUGAGUACAACGUGCACGCAUCAACCAUCCGGAACAUCCAUAAACACGAGUUCACUAUCCGAACGAUGGCCAGAAGUCGUACCAGAAAGAAAUAUCGACAGCGCCGUACCUUCUCGCUAACCGAGAAGCUCAACAUCCUGAACCGGCUGGAAUCCGGGCACACUGCCACGGCGCUCGGUAUCGAGUACAACGUAAACGAGUCGACCAUUCGGAACAUGCGCCGACAGGAACCCUCCAUCCGGUCCAUGGCCCGCCUGGUCAGCUCGGACGUGGCCGCCGGUUCCAUGCGAAAACGAAAUCCACGCUUUGGGAAGAUGGAAACAUGUCUGGCCGCGUGGCGGGAUGACAUGCGGACCAAGCGGUUAGUACUGUAUCAUUCGAAAAUUCGGGCCAAAGCCUUGGAACUGUACGAACGGAUCGGCGAGGAUACGGAGUAUGCGGAUGGUAACUCGUUCCACGGUAGCAACGGUUGGUUCGAGAGAUUCAAGAACAAGCACGGACUGUUUGAGAUUCGCCCUCACAAGGACCGCAUCCCACCGGAUGAAGUCGAAUUCAAGCUGCCACUGCAACAGAUGCUCAGUACGCUUAGCUUCAGUCGCAGUCAAUUUUUUUCGGUGGAAAGUACGAUCUUCACGUGGAAACAACUUCCGGGACUGGCCGGUGAAGCAAGGAGCACCUUGAUUUUCUGUAGCAAUGCAUCCGGCGAUUUUGUAACACGGCCCACAUUUAUCAACGAUAGCGAACAGUCCAAGGCGGACUCCCCCAUCACGGAACGGGAUCUCGAAACUUGGUUUGAAACUGUUUUCGUUUCGGAAGUGGACAACUACGUUCAGGGGAAAAUGCUACCCUUUCAAGUGGUACUAAUAUUACCGCACAAUCAAAACUGUUCACCAAAUCUGAAACGCUCAGGAGUAGACGUUCGAACACUGCCAAGCAAUUGCAACUCGUCCUGUCUGCCGGCAGUUCAAGGCAUUCUGACUCAUUUGAAUGCCGUGUACUUGAGACAGGUUUGCCAGUGGUUAGCCAGCGAAGUCAGCACGGGCAGGACGCUUCAAAAGUCUUGGGCUUCAUUUUCGUCGAAAGAUGCGGAGAUGGUUUUGCAAACAUCGAUCGUUCUACUGGACGAAUCGGCUCUCCGAAAUGGUUGGUCUUGUCUGUUGGAUGCCCCAAUGGAACAACACUCCAACGACGAAAUAGUGCAUGAAAUAGUAGCCAACCUGCACGAGUUGGGUCUGUCGCAGGUGACAGCGAAGGAUAUUUUCCACCAAAUCACACCCCGUGAACUUACCAACGAAGAACUGUUGGAGAUGUUUCGCAAACAGCACGAAGACGGGGGCCAGUACAGUAUUGAAACGUUAAGACAGAACCAGCAGUCGGCGGCUGUCGUGGAUAACUGGCAAGUUCAGUUGACAGAUUACACUCCGGAAAUACGGCACACACUGAUCGAAAAGAUCGACCGUCAUCUGACGGAACUGGCACGUGCCGAGGAUUUCUUCGAUAUGUAUGAUCUAAACCGAAAGCGUGCCAAAGGCGUAUCGGGAAGUCUGCUGAAGGUCGCUGCGUGGGCUCGGGAAAUGAAGGACGAACUGAUGGCCCUGGAACAGCCGGAAGAAAUUGCAAUCGAAAUCAAGGAGGAGGUACUUAUGUUGGAUUCGUCCGAUGAUGAUGAUGUUGUUGUAAUGAAUUGAUGUUGCUUGAAUACGGACGGUUUGACG